AUGAGUGUAUGGAACUAUGUGGUGACUGCUCACAAGCCAACUAACGUAACGCAUUCGUGCGUCGGUAAUUUCACCGGUCCUCAAGAGCUCAAUCUCAUCACUGCGAAAUGCACCAGAAUAGAAAUCCAUUUACUCAUGCCUCAAGGAUUACAGCCUAUGUUGGAUUUGCCAAUAUAUGGGAGAAUUGCCACACUUGAGCUUUUCCGCCCACACGGGGAAACACAAGAUCUUCUUUUCAUUGCUACUGAGAGAUAUAAAUUCUGUGUUCUGCAAUGGGAUGCUGAGGCUGCUGAGGUUAUUACAAGAGCUAUGGGGGAUGUUUCGGACAGAAUCGGCCGUCCUACAGACAAUGGACAGAUUGGCAUAAUUGAUCCAGAUUGUAGAUUGAUUGGACUUCAUUUAUAUGAUGGAUUAUUUAAGGUUGUUCCUUUUGACAACAAAGGCCAGCUCAAGGAAGCAUUCAACAUUAGGCUUGAGGAGCUCCAAGUUUUGGAUAUCAAGUUUCUAUAUGGCUGCCCAAAGCCGACAAUUGUUGUACUUUACCAGGAUAACAAGGAUGCUCGUCAUGUAAAAACAUAUGAGGUCUCGUUGAAGGAUAAAGAUUUUGUUGAGGGUCCAUGGUCUCAGAACAACCUUGAUAAUGGAGCAGAUUUAUUAAUUCCAGUACCUCCUCCACUUUGUGGUGUCCUAAUUAUUGGAGAAGAAACUAUUGUGUAUUGUAGUGCCUCGGCUUUUAAAGCAAUUCCAAUUAGACCUUCUAUAACAAGAGCUUAUGGGAGGGUCGAUGCUGAUGGUUCUCGCUACUUAUUAGGGGAUCAUAAUGGAUUUCUUCAUCUACUUGUUAUAACACACGAGAAGGAGAAAGUAACUGGACUCAAAAUUGAGCUCUUGGGAGAAACAUCUAUUGCAUCUACAAUUUCUUAUCUCGAUAAUGCUGUUGUGUUUGUCGGCUCAAGUUCUGGAGAUUCACAGCUCAUAAAGCUUAAUCUUCAACCUGACGCAAAAGGUUCUUAUGUUGAAGUUCUAGAAAGGUUCGUCAAUUUGGGGCCAAUUGUUGACUUUUGUGUGGUUGACUUGGAGAGGCAAGGUCAAGGUCAGGUUGUAACUUGCUCUGGAGCCUACAAAGACGGUUCUCUUCGCAUCGUGCGAAAUGGAAUUGGGAUAAAUGAACAGGCAUCAGUAGAACUACAAGGAAUCAAAGGGAUGUGGUCAUUGCGAUCAGCUACUGAAGACCCAUAUGACACCUUCUUGGUUGUAAGCUUUAUUAGUGAGACACGUAUCUUGGCAAUGAACCUUGAGGAUGAAUUGGAGGAAACUGAUAUUGAAGGUUUUUCUUCACAAGUCCAGACUUUGUUUUGCCAUGAUGCUAUGUACGAUCAACUUGUACAGGUUACUUCAAACUCAGUUAGAUUGGUCAGUUCGACUUCUAGAGAGCUCCGAAAUGAAUGGUUAGCUCCGGCAGGGUAUUCAGUCAAUGUUGCCACAGCUAAUGCCACCCAGGUUUUACUGGCUACUGGGGGUGGCCAUUUGGUUUAUUUGGAAAUUGGUGAUGGAUUGUUGACUGAAAUAAAACAUGCUCAGUUGGAGUAUGACGUCUCAUGCCUGGACAUAAAUCCUAUUGAUAUAAGUGUUCGGAUAUUUUCGCUUCCUGACUUAAAUAUUAUCACGACGGAACAUUUGGGAGGGGAGAUCAUUCCGCGUUCCCUGCUUCUAUGUUCUUUUGACGGGAUAUCGUACUUGUUAUGUGCACUUGGAGAUGGACAUCUAUUGAAUUUUGUGUUGAACACAAGUACUUGUGAGCUGACGAAUAGGAAGAAGGUGUCUCUUGGGACCCAACCUAUUACGCUUCGUACUUUUUCAUCGAAGAAUGCAACGCAUGUUUUUGCUGCUUCUGAUAGGCCCACAGUUAUCUACAGCAGUAACAAGAAAUUACUUUACAGUAAUGUAAAUCUAAAAGAUGUCAGUCACAUGUGCCCCUUCAACUCUGCUGCUUUUCCAGAAAGCCUUGCAAUUGCUAAAGAAGGUGAGCUAACAAUUGGCACCAUUGAUGAUAUUCAAAAGCUUCACAUACGCUCUAUUCCACUUGGGGAGCAUGCUCGCCGCAUAUGCCAUCAGGAGAAAACCCGGACCUUUGCUAUAUGUAGCUUAAAGUAUAAUCAACCAAGUGCAGAAGAUCAUGAAAUGCACUUUAUCCGCCUGUUGGAUGACCAAACUUUUGACUUCAUAUCAACUUAUCCACUUGACCAAUUUGAAUGGGGUUGCUCGAUUCUUAGUUGCUCCUUCUCUGAUGAUAGUAACGUUUACUACUGCGUCGGGACUGCAUAUGUAAUGCCAGAAGAGAAUGAACCAACCAAGGGCCGAAUUUUGGUUUUUGUAGUAGAAGAUGGAAAACUUCAGCUCAUUGCAGAAAAGGAAACUAAGGGGGCUGUUUAUUCUCUUAAUGCCUUUAAUGGGAAACUACUUGCUGCGAUUAAUCAAAAGAUUCAGUUGUACAAGUGGAUGCUUCGCGAUGAUGGCUCUCGUGAGUUGCAAUCUGAAUGUGGACAUCAUGGACACAUACUCGCUCUUUAUGUGCAAACUCGAGGAGAUUUUAUUGUUGUGGGUGAUCUGAUGAAAUCCAUUUCUCUUCUAAUUUACAAGCAUGAGGAGGGUGCUAUUGAGGAGCGAGCUCGUGACUACAAUUCGAAUUGGAUGACAGCCGUCGAGAUUCUGGACGACGACAUUUACCUUGGUGCUGAGAAUAAUUUCAACCUCUUCACAGUCCGUAAAAAUAGCGAAGGGGCUACUGACGAGGAACGAGGACGUCUCGAGGUGGUUGGCGAAUACCACCUUGGCGAAUUCGUCAAUCGAUUCCGACAUGGUUCUCUUGUCAUGAGAUUGCCAGAUUCCGAUGUUGGCCAGAUCCCAACAGUCAUUUUCGGCACCGUCAAUGGUGUUAUUGGGGUCAUUGCUUCUCUUCCUUAUGAGCAAUAUAUCUUCUUGGAGAAGCUGCAAACUAUUCUUAGGAAAGUGAUUAAGGGUGUGGGAGGACUUAGUCAUGAACAGUGGAGGUCUUUUUACAACGAGAAGAAAACGGUAGACGCUAAAAACUUCUUGGAUGGAGAUUUAAUAGAGUCGUUCCUUGAUCUUGGCCGGAAUAGGACGGAAGAAAUCUCAAAGGCUAUGGGCGUUCCAGUGGAGGAAUUAAUGAAGAGGGUAGAGGAGUUGACUAGGUUACAUUAA